AUGGAUGACUACUUUUAAAAUAAAUAAUAAAAUUUACUUUAGAUAAUUACGAUUCAGCUUAGCAUGAAUUAGGGUGAAAAUUACAAUAUACUAUUUAAUCAGUCAAUUUGUUUUCUCUCCAAUAUCCAUUUUUUAAAAGAAUAGUUGACUGAUAGCAUUUUAUAGCUGAAUCAGGACACUGUAAGCAAGAAUUAUCUUGCAAAUUUAGAGAAUAUUUUCCUUCAGGGCAAUCCUCACAAACUAUUGAAUUCCUUUACUACUUAGAAAUUUAGCCCAAUUAACAACUAUUAAAAUUAAUAGUGA